GAGCUGUCAUUCAACCUUGCGCGGGUAGCGGGGCGGUAUGUUUUUGCACGAGUUUCCUUGAAGUUCACUUUUUUAUCAACGCGUUUUUGUCUCUCUCACGCUAAAACCGGUGUGCAAAUCUACACAAAAAUAAUGUUUAACAACCUCUAAAGUGUGCUGUGACGACAAAACUAUCAUAAAAGUGUUAAAUCAAGAGAUAUUUCGAAAAAGGAAACAUAACAAAUUGAGACGAGCUAUUGUUAUCAACGAGCGAAUUUAUAUAAUUGAGCCAAAAUGUCUCUCUGGGCAAGAGCUCAGCAGUUACCCCCUGAAAGUCUUCAGAAGGUCCGGACAAUCUAUGGGGAUCAUUUCCCCAUAGAAGUGCGCCAUUGCUUGGCGCCAUGGAUUGAGAGCAGAAUUUGGACUGCAGAGCCAGAAGAACAGCAGCGAUUCUUCGUAGACGAGCUGGUGCAGGAGAUCCAAGCUCAUGCUGACCUGAUGCUGUCUCCCGACAUGUUUGUCACCAAGAUGAAACUCCUGGAUGCCGCUAAGAACUUCCAUAUGCAAUACAGCCACGCACCCCACGAACUGUAUGCCUACAUGCGCCGCUCCCUAGCUCUGGAGAUGGACGUCAUUCAGAACGCCAUGGGCACACCGUAUGUAGCCCAGCCGCAAACCGAGAGAAAAUAUAGCGAGCUCAUCACGGGUUUACAAACGGUCAGACAGAAGGUGAAUAUGGUCGGUGAAGAGAUCAGAAGCCUGCAAGCCAAUAUUGAGUCUUUCUCGCUGCAGUACCAUGAGUGCUUGAAGAAUAAAGGCCACAUGAACUACCUACAACAGUCUAUGACGAAUGAGCGCCGUGACUUGGUGGCCUGUCUCCGCGUGCAGAUCGAAGAGACUGAGAGAAAACUUAAUGCUUUGGUGGCUCAAAUCAGCCAAUCGCAGAUGGAGCUGGUAGACCACAUGAAGGAGAACAUUGCUAACUUGCGUCAGCUGCAGAGCCAGGUCUUGGAUGAAGAGCUUAUCAAAUGGAAACGCGAACAACAACUAAGCGGCAACGGCGUCCCCAUGCAAUCCAACUUAAACACCAUACAAGAAUGGUGCGAACUGCUAGCCGACCUGAUCUGGACGAGUCGGCAGCAAGUGAACAAUGUCGCCCGCAUCAAUACUAAGACUAUCGUCGAGUUGAGGCAGCCGCAUCUCGCUGAGAUGCUCGACGAGAUGAGCAAGCAGGUUACCGGAUUGCUGUCGACUUUGGUUACUUCAACCUUCGUGAUCGAGAAGCAACCGCCGCAGGUUAUGAAGACCAACACACGCUUCACGGCUACAGUCCGUUUGCUGGUUGGGGGUCAGCUGAACGUUUACAUGACGCCGCCUCGAGUCAGCGUCGUAAUAAUCUCCGAACAACAAGCCCAGCUUCUCCUAAAAAGUGAGACCCAAGCCGGCAAGGGCAAGCAGCCUGUCGAAUGUGGUGAUAUUCUCAACAACACCGGCACUAUGGAGUACCAGCCGACCAGCCGCCAGCUCAGCGUGAGCUUCCGUAACAUGCAACUGCGCAAAAUCAAGCGUGCCGAAAAGAAAGGCACUGAAAGCGUGAUGGAUGAGAAGCUCACUCUGCUCUUCCAGUCUCAAUUCAACGUCGGCGGAGGAGAAUUGGUGUUCCAAGUGUGGACCCUCUCGCUGCCCGUGGUGGUGAUAGUCCACGGCAACCAGGAGCCCCACGGCUGGGCUACAGUCACCUGGGAUAACGCCUUCAGCCCCCCGGGACGAGUGCCCUUCGCUGUGCCUGAUAAGGUCACUUGGGGUCAACUGGCCGAGACCCUCCGCAUUAAGUUCUGCUCAGCCACUGGGGGUGACCUCUCUGAGGAUAAUCUGAGAUUCCUCGCUGAGAAGAUUUUCAGAACUGGUCUGCCUCUCAACACCAUGGAGCUGAACGCCAUGCCUGUCUCCUGGACCCAGUUCUGCAAGGAUGCUCUCCCGGAGCGCAACUUUACGUUCUGGGAGUGGUUCUAUAUGGUGGUUAAGGUGACGAGGGACUACUUGAGGACGCUUUGGUGUGAUCACCUAAUCAUGGGCUUCAUCCAAAAGAAGCAAGCCGAAGAGAUGCUGUCCAAAUGUCCUGCCGGCACUUUCUUACUGCGCUUCUCUGACUCGGAGCUCGGCGGCAUCACCAUCGCUUGGGUUGGCGAGGGCAACGAAGUAUUCAGCUUACAACCGUUCACAUCCCGUGACCUCAUGCUUCGCUCGCUCGCCGACAGGGUACUGGACCUCACACAGCUGCAAUUCCUGUACCCGAAUAUCGCCAAAGACGAUGUGUUCUCCAAAUAUUAUACUAAGCCUGAAAACGAAAUGCUAAAGAACGGCUACGUGAAACCGGUGCUAGUCACCACUCUGCCGCCGUACAUGUCAUCAUCACCCGCGUACGCGCACUCGCCGGACUCGCACCGCAACACGCCCAGCGUGCAGAGCAGCUACUUCAGUGCGGCUACUCCCGCACAAACUGACAGCUUCAUGGAUAGCGAGCUAUUCGAGCAGAUCCGCGCCUUCGAGCCUGAUGGCAUGGACGAAUUUGAUAUCUACAGUAACAUGAGCAUGAAGUGAGGUGACAAAAAACGUAAGAAACAAAUUUUACCUUUUUAUUUCAUAAGUCUAGAUAUAAGCAAGUCAAUUGUCUAAAUAUAAAAUAUAAAUAUUCGCUACUUCUUAUUAUUUUAGUUUCUUAUACGUGCCAUAGGAAAUAUUAUGGGAUUUAAUUGAGUGUAUAUUGUAAAAAAAUACUUAUUUUUUAUGUAAAUCACUUUAAGGUACGCUCUUUUCUCUUGUUUCGGAUGGCACUUUAAACUAUAGGUCCCGGCUGUCAUUGAACAUCCUUGGCAGUCGUUACGGGUAGUCGGAAGCCAGUAAGUCUGACACCAGUCUUACCAAGGGGUAUUGGGUUGCCCGGGUAACUGGGUUGAGGAGAUCAGAUACGCAGUCGCUCCUUGUAAAACACUGGUACUUAGCUGCAUUCGGUGAGACUGGAAGCCGACCCCAAAAUAGUUGAGAAAAGACUAGACAGGUGAUGAUUUUUUGAAAGAAAACGCCUUGUUGUGAAUGCCUGAAAUAUAUAAAAAGAGCCUAACCUACAGUGGUUUACUAAUAGUAGCUAGUAUCUUUUGACCGACACGCUGAAAAGUAGUUACAUAUUUGUAGUUAAAAAAGGAGAUUAUUAGAAAUAUAAUAAUAUUUCAUACUAGCUGCUUUUGCGCAGUUUCACUCGCUUCCCUUGGGAACUACUGCCCGAGCAGAGCCAAAAUAUAGCCUAUGAUACUCGGGAAGAGUGUAGCUUUCCAACAGUGAUUUUUUUUCAAAUGAGUUUUACAAGUUGCGGAGUCUUUGGGGUACUAACAAAACAUCUUUAGAAUGAUAUAAAGAUGAUGAUCUCUCUCCGGUGGUGUCGGAUUGUCGUCCCAUCGCGCUAUGAGAGCGAAGGAAUAGUGAGUGCACCGCAGUCCAAGCAAAUGCUCGUGCACUAUAAUAUGUCCUGCGCAGCUGGCUGAUCUCCUUAUAUGAGAACAGCCGCUGUGGCCGAAAUCGGCCUUGGACGCCAUUAUUAUUCUAGAUGAAAAGGGCUUUUUAUGUCGUGUCGGUCAAAAGAUUACUAAAUAUUAGAAGCUUUUCAAUUUUAAAACGUAACUUUAAAAAGUAAAUACCAAUAGUUUUAAUUUUUUUUUCUAGUUAUUGUUUUUUUUUUCUAUUUUAAAUCAUUAUACUGUUCUAUUAAUGUAGAUUUUUUAUUGAAAUCAACGUCUUCGAUUUUUUUCUAGUUUAUAUUUUUGUGUAUUAUUUAAGUAUAAUUUACAAUAAAAAAGUAAAAAUAUUUUGACAGAAGAAUUUAUGACGAAAAAAAUAUUUUAUUUUUAAAUCAGGUUACUAGAUUUUGGAUUUUAACAGACACGAAAUCGCUUUUGCAAAACUUGAAGUCCUGGGUUGGAUACUCAGAUUGGCUAUAUGUUUUUUAUAUUUAUAUUGACCGUAGUGCAGACGAGAGCAAAUCAACCUACCUCUAUCAAAUGUUUUCAAUAGAUUUUCAACCUUAUGACAAUAGGUAGGUAGUAGGUUGACCUGCUGGCGUCUGUAGGUACUUAAAAUUCUUAAAAUAAAUACAUAGUUUCGAUUGACGAACCUUUUUUAAAAAAUUAAUGGUUAUUUUUUCUUUUUGACGAAGAUUUUUGGACGUCAGUUAUUUUCAAAAUACUGUAAAAUAUAUUUCAUUAGUACUUACUGCGUUUUUGACUUAAUUUCGUGCCAUAGAAAGCACGGUGCCAUUUUUGACUCAAAAAACUUUAAAAAUUAUAUAAAUUCACGGAGAAAGGAAAGAUAGCGGAGAUGCCAUAAGGAAGAUAGGUCAGGCGCCUUCUUGUAGCUCAAGCAACGUACGGUAGCCGUGAUCAGUUACUAGAACUAACGAGGCGUUCGGGUUCCUUGUCAAAUCAAAACCAAUCUGUCGAAGAUUGGUCUUGAUUGAUUGGUGAUUUUAUUUUGAAAAUAUUAAAAUCGUAUAAGAGGGGAGCUAGUAACGUUCCUCGUCCCCCUCGCCCCGCAUGUUGUCGCGCUACUUUCUUAAGAGAUUUUGCGUUAUGACAUCUUCGCUAGUCAUUUUGUUCUCCAUGAUAGAAAUGUGUUAGAAUAUUAAUAUUCAAUGUGUUCUAUUUGAUUUAAACAGCAAUAUUUAUUAAUAUUAAGUCAAUAUAGCUUUGUUUGAUGUAUCGUUAUUGUUAGUAAUGAUAUUUAGAAACCGAUAAUUUUAGUGUAACGAAAAAUAAUCGCUCCGAUAAUUUAAAAAAUCGAACCAGCGUUCUUUUUUGGCUUCCAUUUCUUUGCCGCGGCAUUUAGGUUGCUUUGAUAUAUUAGAAAAAAAAACUAAUUAUCGAACCGAUUACAUGAAUUAUCGGACCGAUUACAGAAAUUAUCGCGACGAUUACAAGAAUUAUCGGUACGAUUACAAGAAUUAUCGGACCGAUUACAAGAAUUACCGUUGCGAUUACACGUAUUAUAAUUAAGAUAAUAAUCACUAUUGGUGUUAUAUCGGUCCUCUACCGCGUUUUCAGUAGUAAUUAUAUUAAUAAACGUCAUUUGUAUGUAAUUAAUUAAAUGUUUGAAUGUUGUCAAUUUUGUGAUAUUGUGAGGCCUUACCGUUCAAAAUUUAGUCUAAAAUUGUAUUUUUAGCGCAACUUGCUUCAGCCCGUUGUUUCACCCGCGUCUCAAUAUAACCGCUUCCCGUAGACAGGUGACAAAAGCUAUCCUAUGUAUGUUCUUUGCCUGGGUUUAUGCUAACUUCCCCUCUAAUUUUCAGCUUAAUCGGUUGUGUCGUUCACGCGUGAAUGCCGUAACCAAGGGGUAUAGGGAUUUAUUCUUUACAUAUACAGGAAUUAUCGGAAAGAUUACUCGUUCCGAUAUAACCGAUUUCAAUAUGUUACCUAACUCAGCCGUAGUUCGAUUUUUGCUAUGUAAAAAUAUUUGCACGACAAUUGACAUAACUUAUUUUAUGGUGUUUCGCCGGAGGAACUUCUUCCCGUGCGCGGAUAAAAAAUAGCAUCGAUAAAUGGCCUUAGUAAAUCAACAACAAAAAUACAUACAUUUCUAGUGUGUGCAGUGUGAUGCAUUUCCUUCGAAAAGUAUAUCAUUUGUACUAUGAAUUUGCUUGAUACAGGUGAUCUGAUCAAGUGUUUUCAAUGGCAAUGCAAAUUGCUUGCAUAGCCGUCACACCUAGCAAAUACAUAUACUGGUUGUCCACCCGCUUUUCUACAAAACGACUUCCUUUACACGGAUAAAAAGUAGCCUACACCCGUUCUCGGAUUCUAUACUACUUGUGUAUCUGAUUUAAUUGAAAUCAGUUCAGUAGUUUUGGCGUGAAGACAGGCAGAGCUACUUUUGCAUUCAUAAUAUUGGUAAGGAUUGUAAAUCUGUAAAAAAAAUAUUUCACCUUAAUGUCUUAGAAUAUUUGGCCUAAUUUUUGGACCUAAACUUGGCCUAAUUUCAAGCAUUUAUUUGUAGUUUUAAUACCUAAAUGGAUGUGGUUUUGGUGCUUCGAAAAGUAAAAAAAAUAUGUGUUCUUCUAAAUGUACUGUCUAUAUGUAUGUUUGUUCUCUUAUUCGUAAAAAUCUUCACAAAAAAUACUAUAAAACUCCAUGCCAAUUAAAGUGAUAAAUACUCAUUCAUUAUCAUAGAAACUUCAAGAAGAAAAAAAUAAGCCCAGAAUGAAUGUAUGCAUGACGUCUAAGCGAAUGCAUCGAAAACGUAACAAACCUUCGUAUUUAUAAUAUUAGCUAAGAUGGUAUACUUUUGAAUGUACGUAAGUUUGUAUGUACUUUCUAAGUAUAUCUUAGACACCAAUGACUGUUUUGGAUGGCACGUUAAACCCGAUAGAUGUAGGUCCCGGCUGUCGUGUACAUCUUCGGCAGUCGUUACGGGUAGUCAGAAGCCAGUAAGUCUGAAAUCAGUCUAGCUAAGGGGUAUUGGGUUGCCCGGGUAACUGGGUUGAGGAUGUCAGAUAGGCAGUCGCUCCUUGUAAAGCUCUGGUACUUAGCUGCAUCCGGUUAGACUGGAAGCCGACCCCAACAUAAUUGGGAAAAAGGCUCAGAGGAUGCUAUACUUUUGAAUAUUUUUAUGAGUAAGACUUUUCUUCUAGCUUGUAAUCGCCCCCUAUAUUCAAACUAGCAUUUGAAUGUUAUGUGUAUAGCAAAGCAAAAUUAAUAUUAACUUAGUGUAAAAUUGAUCAUACGAACUUUGAUUUGUUGGACAAAACACUAUUAAUAGGUUUUGACUAUGACUAUAGCAAAAAAAAAUAAGAAGCAUUUUUAAUAUUAUCUUGACGAAUUUUACUAUGUAUGUAAUAAACAGACAAAACAUAAGAUAUUAUUUGCCAUUUUAAUAUAUUUUUUGGUAAAUGGUCAUAGUCGUACAACGCAUUUUGAAAUUACACCAGAAAUUAUUGAUUAUAAUUGUACGUAGCUUAAUGUUUUCGCAAAUUAUGAAUAUUCUAUAAGAACGAUUAUACUAUAAUAACGAUAUAUCAUUCUGAUGACGAUAAUUAUCAGAAAGAUUACCAAUUAUAAUCAUCGGAACGAAUCUUGAGCGCUGACCUUCACCUGCGCAGAAGUAAUUUAUUGGGUCCCUUUUGUGGUACGACUACGAAGUGAGGCGCGGGGGCGGGCUAAAGCGGUGAUUCGCCCGCAGUGCAUCGCGUCAUAGUCGUCACUCGGGAUUGGUUCUUUGCUAAUAAAUCACUUCUGCGCAGAUGAAGGUCAGCGCUCAAGAUUCGUGCCGAUAACUAUAUAAUUCUGUUACCGAUAAUUAUGAUAAUCGGAGUCAGAAUGGAAAUCGUUGCGAUAAAUGUUUUUAUCGGCGUUAUAGUGUAAUUGUGAAUAUAUUGUAAGCUUUAUCGUGGUUACAUUUCACUGUAGAAUCUAUGUUUAGAAACAAAUAUAAUGAUUGUUGAUUA